AUACUUUAUUAACAAAUUUUACUGUUUAUAAAUAGUUACAAUGGAUUGAAAUUUGGUACAGAAGUAUACAAACGAAUGCAAAAAGGAUGAAGCAUAUGUAUACUAUAGUAGAUAGCGGUGAUAAUGAAGAAUAUGAAGAAUACGAGGAGGAGCAGCAGCUAGUUUCAGUAGAAACAUUUGAAACGAUUGCUAAGCCUAAAAUGACUGUUAACUUUGAGGAACAGAAUCAAAGCAAAUUUGAGGAAAAUGUUGGUACAGAUGAUAAGGAAGAUGAUAACCGAGGAUUUCCAGCAAGUAGUAGCUCCUCUUUCAUUACUGCUAGAGACAUUGGUUUGUACGGUAGUAGGCCUGCUUCACUGGUAGAAAGAGAAGGUACGGUUACUAUCAAUCCUCAAAUCACGCAAAGUACAGGAAAACGGCAGCGUGCAGCUUCUUCUGACCCUACUGCUACAGUCUCAGCGAAGGUGGAAGAAGUACCAGUUGCUCCACAGUAUAUCGAUAAGACGCGAAAGUCACGGAAUCUCGAAAAAGCUGCUGCAGAAAAUGCAGGAAAUACACUGCAUGAAACUGGUAGCUUACAUCGACCAGUUAUAACAGCAAGCGAUACUGACUCCACUUCUAUACCUAAUGGGACGGCUACUGUGAACCAAGAGAAAGCCCCACUGAAGGCAAAGAAAAUAAUAGACACACUACGACAAACUCCAUCAAAAGAAACGGUAGAAACAUCAAAACCAUUUUCUACCCUUGAUUUCGGCGUUUCGAGUUUAAAACCAACAGAGCAUCUAUCAGAUACAUUACAAGACAACAACUCUCAAGAGCUGCAAACUCAGAUAACAGACAGUGAAAGCUUUACAUUUGUUGCUGCUCCAAGCUGCAUAACUGUAACUCCUCCGUUACAUAUCAUACCCAGCCCCAAACAAAAAACGUUAUAUCAACAAGCAGGUCGAUGGCUUGAUACUCUUCACUCUCUCGGCGCUCCGGCUCCUUGUGAUACUAAUGGUAUUAAGACAUCCUCUACCGCUGCUACUACUGCUGUGCAGAAUGAUGCCAAUACUCUACUUGCAGGAGCUAAGCAACAACCUCUGAUUACUGUAGUGGAUAGUUUCAAUUCUUCUGACCAUGUCAUUAUUCCCACAGCAACUACCUCUACCGCUACCGUAACAUCAUCCACAACAGCUACAACAGCCAGCUCUGCCACUGCUAUCAUCACUCAUAAUGUUCUCAAUCGCUCUGCUGUAGCAGACUCCUUGAAAGUUAAAAAUAUUAUCAAGAUGGAAACCAUUGAGGUUGAAACAGAGGAUAACUCGAGAAAUGACACUUCUAAAACAAAAUCUAAGAGAAGAACGAAAUCAGAAAAGCAACAGUUUAAGAAGCCACCGACUCAAGCAAACCUGUCUAAACAUCAUCAUCAGCAUCAUCAUCACCAUAGCACAUCUGAUAGAAAGGUCGAUAUCCAAGUUAUAGAAGUAGUCGAAAAUUUUGGUGUAAAACGAAAACCGGUUCCUCAAAUUAUAGAACCAGCAGCUAGGCAACAGCAGGUGGAGACUGUUGAAUUGCUACUAGAUGAAGACUGAUCUAUCUUUCGCGUAAUCAGCAAUUUAGCGCAUAGUUUUACUGUAAAGUUACAAUAAUAUAUGGCUUAUGAUUUCUAAUAAAGUAAAAUUAUACAUUAAUCUGUCUUUCACAAAACCGGUU